AUUAAAAUUUUAUUGAUUUAUAUCUGUUAAUUAACUGUGAUAUAGUAAUAAGUGUUAGCAAAUAAUCAUCAGAUUAGACAAUGGCGUUGUCGGAAGGUGCUUUAGCCAAAAGGCUAUCAAAUAUGUUGACAUGCCGUCAAGUUCUGAAUAUAAUGGUUAUUCUUGGCUUCAUGUUGAAUUAUGCUCUACGGGUCAACUUAACAAUUGCCAUAGUGGCCAUGGUGAAACCGAUUCUGCACUCUGAUGCAAACAGCACAUCUUUGGAUAUUGGAAACACCACGACGAUUGAUGGAUUAAUAACGGAAGAGCCUGAAGUUACGGAUAAUAGAUUUGAAUGGGACGCCUAUCAACAAAAUUAUAUUUUAGGAUGCUUUUUCUGGGGAUACAUUUUAACGGAACUACCUGGUGGACGAUUAGCUGAGAUAAUUGGAGGACACAGAGUUUUUGGCCAUAGUAUGCUAUGGGCUAGCGUUUUAACCCUUUUGACACCCUUUGCUGCAAAGUGGAAUUAUUUGGCUGUGAUAAUAGUUAGAGUUUUGUUAGGAUUCAUGUUAGGUGCAAGUUGGCCUGCAAUUCAUCCAAUGACUGCAAAAUGGAUUCCACCUUUGGAUAGAUCUAAAUUCAUUGCUAACAUGAUGGCAUCGUCUUUGGGUGCCGCCAUAACUAUGCCAAUUUGUGGUUACUUGAUUUCAUAUCUUGGAUGGGAAAGCGUUUUCUACUUCACAGGAGUCAUCGGCCUGUUAUGGUCAACUUUAUGGUUCAUGGUAGUAUUCGACUCCCCUGCUCAACAUCCGAGAAUUUCUGCAGAAGAACGUGAUUUUAUCGAAAAAUCUAUAGGGGCUGCUGCUACAAAACGCAGACCAUCCCGGGUUCCAUGGGGCUCCAUUUUCACAUCUGGCCCCGUCUGGGCAAUUAUAAUUACCCAUGGAUGCUCUGUUUUUGGGUACUUCACCGUUGUCAAUCAAUUGCCGAGUUACAUGAAGUACAUUUUGAAGUUUAAUAUUAAAGAGAAUGGGCUUUUGUCAAGUUUGCCCUAUUUGGGCAAGUACGCGAUGGCAAUAUGCAGUUCUUAUUUAGCCGAUCAUUUGCGUCGUACUGGUAGUUUGACCACCACAGGUGCCAGGAAAAUCUUCACCACGUUUGCUGUGUUGACACCAGGAAUUAUGAUGCUUGCACAAGCCUUCUUGGGAUACCAAGCGGCUUGGUCGGUUGCAAUUUUCACGAUCGCUUUGACCCUAAACGGCGCGGUUACCGCAGGUUACUUGGGAAAUGGACUCGAUAUCGCGCCUAACUUUUCAGGAACCAUAUUCGGAAUGGCAAAUACCCUAUCAUCUUUAGGAGGUUUCCUAUCCGCCUUCAUGGUUGGAUCUCUUACUUAUGAAAAUCAAACCUACGGCCAGUGGCAAAUCGUAUUCUUCAUCCUGGCAGGAACAUAUGCUUUCGGAGCAUUGAUAUAUCUACUUUUCGGAUCAGGAGAAUUACAAUCCUGGAAUGAUCCUGAUUGUUGCAAAAAUCUCAACGAUGCACAAGCUCAACAUCUUCAAGAAGCUUUACCAUUACAAAAGAAGCAAACGAUAACUCGCGAAAUUGAAACAGCGUGAAGAAAUCCAGAACAGAAAUUAAAUAGAUAAAGUUGCUGCCGAUUGUGAGUAAUCUAGUUUGAUUAUGGAAACUUUAAGGUAAAAACAAUAAUAGGCAGUGGGUGCAUUAAGACAUGCAGAAAAUAAUUUCUGUACAAAGUUAUUUUUAAUAGGGAAG